UCGACAGCAGCUGCUCUCCCGGAACUGUGGAAGUGAAAUGAACAUGAAGCGCUGAUUGAAAUGGCGUCAGUCGCAGUUCGCAGCUGGGCUCUCGGCGCCGUUUCUCUSUUAAACCUGCUGUUUGUCUUCAUAACCGGAGCGGAUUUCAUCCGGUUCUUGUCGUUUCGRGCCAUUUAUCAUAACAUCACGGGGGAGACGAAACUCUGUCAAGACUCCAUACCCUGGUCUGUGGCCCUGAGGGACAGCUCUGUGGUCUGGUCUCUGAUWGUGGACCUGAGUCUGCUGGCUCUCUUCACUGCACAGCACAGUGUCCUGGCCUGGUCCCCGGUCAAACAGGUGCUGCAGUCCAUGUUUGGGGUCCUGAGCAGGACGGCGUACAGCUUCACUACUGUGCUCGCCCUGCAGAUCUUGAUGUGUUCCUGGCAGCCUGUGACCGGCGCCCCCUGUUUGUGGGCGGUGCGUCACGCGCCCUGGAGUAUCUGGUUCCCUCUGCUCUGCUUUUCGCUGCACUUCCUCUGCUGGGCCRUCAUCUGCAGCAGCCUCAUGAUCUUUGAUUAUCCCGAACUCGUGGGCAUCAAGCAGGUGUACUACGACUGUCUCGGUUUAGGGGACCCUCUCUCUGACAAGCCGCCCCCCGCUCAGCGCCUCCUGUCCCACUUCCGCCACCCGGURUACCUGGAGCUGGUGGUCAUCCUGUGGCUCCUGCCGGCCCUGUCCCUGGACAGGCUCCUGCUGGCGGGGGUUCUGUCCACCUACGUGGCCGUGGCGCACAGCCUGGACCAGCAGGAUUUAGCCUACCUCUGCACGCAGUUUAAACUCAAGGUGCAGCUCUUCGCCGAGCCUCAACGAGACGGCGAGACGGCCGAUUGGGACGUCAACCACGAGGAGAAGUGAAGCUGUUGUUGCUGUUGGGAAAUGUCUCAGGAACAGAGAGGUGUCAGAAAAUAACAUGAAUUUUUGAAAAGAUAAAUAUUGCUCAGUGUGUAGGAUUUGUUGUUUUCAGCGACAUCUAGUGGUUGAGUGGUUGAA